AUGUUUCGCCUCGUCUUUGUUCCAAUCAUUUUUGUGUCCGUGUUCUGUGGACACGAGGCAGUAAGUGCCGCCGUAACUGCAACAGCAGUAACGCUUGAUUGCUUGGCGGAGAUGAACGAGGUGAGGGAAACCGCGGGAUUUGCUGCGUUUGGGAACGCAACUGCUAAUGAACAAGUGCUCCCACAACACCCUGUUCAGGGAAAAGCAAUAACGGCUGCAAACUUGUGGACUGAAAUCUGCGAAAAAAUGACGGGUGGUCAAACCGAAGGCACUGAAGCGAAAAAGUUACAGGGAACGUUCGCUUACUACCCCGGCGGAAAAGACUGCAAGGCGGCAGUGCAGCACUGGAAGGAAGGGUUUUCGUUAUUCAAAAACGAGCUGCCCCCAAAGUACACAGCGUCUAGUACUCCCGCAGUCUACACCGACAAAGCCGUUUCCUUUGUCGCCCUCUAUAACCCUCAGCCGAGUCCUCUAGCCAGCUGCUCCCUUGUCACCUGCACAAAAGGAGGCACAUCUGCUUCCCCAGAGAUUGCAGAAAGCCAGAAAGGGCGGUCAACAAGAAGACUUCAAGCUGCACAGGAAACUACUACUGCCGUUAUCUGUUUGACGAACCCAGAGGCACUGACGGAGGGACAAGCGCCUUUCAAGGAAGAGGUCUGGCAGAAGAUUGUUCAAGCUGUAGUUGGUACUCAGAAGAGCAACGGGGUUUCGCGAGUCAGACCGUCAUUGGCAGUUGGAUUCACAAUGUUUUCCGCCUAUGCUCUUUUUUAA